AUGUAGCACUUAUCGAUAUAUACAUUUACUAACAUAGUCAAAUUCCUUUAAGUUGAGGAAAUAUACUCCAAAUUGACACUCUCCAACUCUCUUAUGUAAAUAGCUAUUCAUCUAAUUAUUAGUAUUUACUUAUACAAUCCUUAUGUAUAAAAAGUUAUUCUCUCUAAUUAUUUUCCCAUUGAAAUAAUCGAAUAAAUUCAGCCCUAAAACUAUUCUUAAUGCAUAAAAUCAUUAAAAGGAGGGUAACUCAAAGAAAUACCCUUUUGGGGAAUAGAAACAAACGGAGGAUUAGCAAAUAAUAGUUUAAGAUUUUGGAUCGGAAAAACCUUCAUGAAAACCAGUGAGCCUUAAGUCGGUUUAAGGAAGUUUGAAAAUGCAUUCAUAUCAGGAACCUUAUCUUUUAAUCAAGUAUAAUUCAAGAAAGCCCUUCUAGAAUAUGCCCAAAAAUUCAUAGAAGUAAUGGGUUAAGAAAUUACAAAUCAUUUCUUUCCUGAUUGGUAUGACAUCAAUAAUAACCUAAUUGAAAUCUCAUAAAUAAAAAUAUUUGAUAUUUUCAGAAGCUUCUCAAUAUUUCAAUUUUAUGAAAACGCAUAAGAUUGGAAAUGUGUCUAAUAUUUAAGAGAUUAUGCUUAUUAAAAACAUGAGUAGAUAGAUAAUAUGUUAGAGGUUGAUCCAUAUCAUUUGAAGGAUGAGGAAUAUGAAAUUAUACCUUCUGCAAUUGCUUUGGUAAAAGAAAUAGAGAUAAAUAGAGGAACUUAAUUGACUUAGACAGCAAGAUCGUUGCUGAUAUUUACAAGUACAGAAUAAUGCAUUCCCAAUCAUCCUAAUGAAAUAUAUCAAUGUUAAACUCAGGAGAAACUAUAUCAAUUUAUUUUAAACCAUCCUCAAUUCACCCCUUCGUAAACUAAUAUCAAAUUAUUAUUAAAUAUUGAUCCUAAUAUCGUUUAUGAAGAUAACCAUUAAUUAAAUUAUUUGUAUUGCACAUUCGAACCUAAAAAUGAUAAACAACCUUUAAUCUGGGUAGAAUUUGUAAAUGAAAAUGUUGAUGGAAUAUAUUUAAAACUUGAUAAGAAAACUCAAAGACUAGCUAAAUCAAUUCAAGUGAGAGUACUUGAUGUAUGCUUCUAAGAAGAUCCACAGUUUCUUGGAUUUGGUUUAGCUUAUGUUAGUGUUAAAGGGUUAACCUUAAAUUAAUAGGAUUGGACUGUAAUUUAAAACCUUCCAGAUUGA